AUGGAUCCCAACACCAAGCUCAUCCUCGACGAGCUCAAGUCCGUUCAGAUGAACCUCACCAACCGCAUCGUCGCGGAGGAGACCUCCAUUGGUGCGUGUGUUGGUUCUCUGGAGGACGCCACCAAGGUGUUCGACGCAUGGAAGCCGAAGAUGGACGCGACCAUGGAGGAGCUGCGCUCUGAGGUGGGCGCGAUCCGGAAGACGGACGAGAAGGUCAAAGCGCUGCUCGAGGAGAUGACCGCGCUGCGCAAGUCCAUGAGCUAA